AAAAAAGCAAGUCAGAGCACCUGAACAAAAAAGAACCAACGCUCACUCCGAUUCAUCGAUAUUUUUCGAUCGUGAAUUCGCCGCCCUUGGACAAUAUUAAUUAACAAACAAACAACCAAACAACAAAAACCAGGUGGACAAAAAUUUGUAAUGAAUGAGGUAGCUAAUCUCAUCAAUUGCCUCCGCCUGCCCGUUUCGGCGUUCCAAUUGCACGCUGUCUCACUCAUCUUGUUAUUCUUACCCUGUUUAAGGUGCUUCCGUCCCAUUCGUCCGUGCAUUCGCGUGCGGGUGGUUAUUAUUGUUGCGAAUAGGACGCAGCAAGGUCUGAAUAAGAUGCAUCUCUUGUAGCAAGCCAUGAGUGGGGAGGUGAUCGCCCUUGCAUCUUCCCGCCUUGUCAAAAAAGGAGGAGAGAUACAACCAUCGGCUAUUGUUCUUCAUGGCCAAUCUCACCUGGUCUCCUCCAAAAGUCGGGUCAGGCUGCUUGCUAUUCAACAUACUUACCGGACAGCAGGUUUCCGAUGGGCGCCGCGCAAUGUCGCAGGGCUGCCCUAUUUGUGUCUGGGGUGGACGACCAGAAUAGAUAAGGAGUGCCUACCUACAUAUAUAUGUAUAUCCCUUUCCGUGGUUGUUGGGUUUCUUUCUCAUUCGCCUUCUCUAUUCCCCCGGCCUUUUCGUGUAAAUUUUUUCGAGAAAGAGGCGGUUGUUGACUCUGACACACCUCGUCUGUCUGAUUCACAACACUAACUCUUGUUCCGUAUCUCUCUCCCCAAUCCGCACCCAAACCACUCGCAAACAUCACGUCUCCCGGCAAUGUCUCAACCACCAUAUAAGCAAGGCGACCACAGGGCAACGGUCCUCAAGGAGCAAACCACCAUAACACCAUCCACCUGCCCACCGCAGCCACAACAACCACAACCACCACCACCGGCAUACACCCCUCGCUCCGGCCAACUCCCAAUGCCCAGAGUCAUGCCCAUGCCCAUGCACUGCAUCACAUCCGACCUCCUGGCGAGGCUCUUGACCUUUGCCUCCGAGGCAAGACCGAGCGCCAACGCCGCUGAGCAACACGACUGCGCAGAGAGCAUGUCGCCGAUAUCCAUCAAGGUCAACACGGCCGUCCGCGUCAACCAAAACGACAACCUGGUCGACAUUGGCAGGCCGGGACCCUCGGACAUCGCCGAGGCCAUCGUGAGCGCCAUAGAGCGCGCCAGCAGCGCCUCGGCCGGCAUCCCCAUGAUCGACGGGAGCGGCGAGCCGAGGCCGAUCAAGAUCGACGUCGACGCCACCGUCGAGGUCGGCGGCUCGAGGAACGUCGUGGGAAAGGAAGACUUCCUGCGCGAGUACCUGAGGACCCUGGGCGCUGCUGUCGCCUACAGGGCCAAGAGGAGGCGGCCGUCGUCCGUGUCCGGGUCGGAAGAUGACAGGUCUGAGGAUGAUGCGGCGGCUGGUGAUGCCAGCAUACCGGCUGCCAAGAGGUCACGGAGUACCUGAUUCUAUCUCCACGCCUUGUGUUAUUGCAAUGUCUUUCUGUGUUUGAUUAUCAGGUUAUUGGAGGUAUACGUUGCUUCUCUCUCUUUCUCUCAUUUCCCCCUUGGGCUUUGUGACGCCACCAAGAUUCACAAUCAUGUUCAAUGUUUCAUUGUCUACACGGGGCAAAAGGACGGCAUUUUGAGUAUUGAAAGGAUACCCUUUUUCACUUGGAUAUACUUUAGGGAUGGGUUGGAACGGAUUGAAUUUCAUCUUGGGUACUUAACUUUAAGGUAUGCAGCCCCACGAACCGAGCCAUUAAUAGGCUCAAGUGGCCGUGACGAGGAACAUGAAGUGAUUUGACCCCCACUCGGCAAUAACUCCAAGAAUAGGUCGUACUUUUGUAACCAGUUUGUGACCACGUGUUGGGAUGAAGAUGAAAUGGAAUUGAAAAGGAACAAGAAAGAAAAUUUACAUAUUGAAAAUCAGGCUCAGUGGUAGGAAAAGUCCUAGUCUCCGGCCAACUACAAGCUUCUAUAAAUAAUUAAAGACGUAUUUCGUCGUACCAAGAAAAUCCCCUUCGAGCUUGCUCGUGCAGGGAUCAGCCG